CUCGUCCUCGUCUUCCUCUUCCUCUUUCUCUUCCUCUUCCUCUUCACCCCAUUCCCACUACUCAUCCACUCAUCCACCAAAUGGCCAAGUCUCUCCGUGCUAAGUCUCGCGUCCGCGCUCGCGGCAUCCGUCGCGCGACCGUCUUUGAUCCCGUCACCGACGCCCGCACAAUCCGUCUCUCCAAGAAACUGAACGGCGACUCAUCCGCCACCACCACCACCGCUGCCUCGUCCGCAACAACGGAAUCUGAAACUAGCGAAGAAGCUUCCGCCUCUAUGGACGUCGACGAUUCGUCUGCUUCCACCGCCUCGACCUCCACUGCUGCUGCCGCGGCCACCGAUGCUCCCAAAGUCAGCACGAGCGGAUGGAAGGGCUCCAGAAACGAGCAGUGGAAGCAAAAGAAGGCUUCCAAGAUCUACUCAAAGAAGAAGCAGGGAUCAAAGUCUCUGGUUUUCGGCUCAGUGAACAAGAAGAAGUCGGCAAAGAAAUAAGCAGUCCAAGUAGUCUGAUUAGUCAACGCUUCGACCUUCUUUGCCACCGUUUCCAGUCGUCAUCAUCAGCAUUAGCAUCACCGCUUUGAAAAGUUCUACCCUUUUUCUAUUUCAUUUUUAUUUCUAUCUAUUUUAUUGGCAGGAUUUACAGUGUUUGUCAUCAUUUGUAUUGUUGUAAUUUAGGCGUUCGGGAUCUUUGGAAUUCAUAUCGAUUUAGAUUUGUCUCAUAUUUUGUAUCAUGUUAUAGCUCUCUAAUAACCAAAUAGACUAUCAUUUAUCAUCUGCACCUACUUCUAGUAUUCAUAUCGUAGUUCCUAUCGUAGUUC